CGUCACUCAUCAACAUGGCGGACUGGAAUAGAGGUCAUGGCUCUGUGGACGACAUGUUGGAUGCUGAAAACAAACGACUGGCUGAGAACUUGGCCACCAAAGUCUCCAGACUUAAAUCUCUGGCAUACGACAUCGACAGAGAGGCUGAUGAUCAGAAUGAGUAUCUGGACAGCAUGGACUCAAACUUCCUGAGUGCGACAGGUCUGCUGAGCGGCAGCGUGAAGCGUUUCUCCACGAUGGUCCGAUCCAGCAGAGACAACCGCCGCAUCCUCUGCUAUGUCUCUGUGGGCUUGGUCCUGGCCUUCUUCCUGCUUUACUACCUGGUCUCCAGGAUUCAGCGCUGACAGGAAAACCAGAUCACCCAGGAGCUGGUCCUGAUGUGGAGCUGAGACUAUAGGCUCUGACAUCAUAAUCAUCUCUGUGGUUCUCUUGUACAGGAGAAGACUUUUUAUUCUGCACCAAAGUGAGAAAACAAACAGGAAGUAGACAGAGAAAGCAAUCAGUUGUUGAACUGUCCUGAACGGGGUGUUGGCCAGCUCAGUGGGGCAAACAUAGUGGGUGUGGUCAUACCAAAGAUGCUGUGUCUAUUUACAGAGAAGAAGAAAAAAAAAAAAACAAAAUAUCCCCAGACUUCAGGGCAUUUCAACUCAGCACCACAUUUGUCCAUUCCUGCUGCAGCCAGGAAGUCCUCAUAUGGGUAAAGAGAAGGUAGAAUGGCGCCCACCACAGCUGAGUUUGAUAGGCUGAUGGUACUGUUUAUCAAGACAAACUUGUUUCACAACAUAUCUUUCAUCACAGAAUAGCUGCAUCUCAGUGCACAUUGGAAAUGAAGGACCAACUCAGAGCUGCAAACAAACAAAGUAAAAUUGUGAAGUUGAUGAUGAUGAUGGCUACAGAAAGGUCAGAGGGAAAAUAUUAAACCUCUGUAGAACAUUGUACUUUUUCUAAGUGCGACUGUUUUUCCGAGGUCAAAGUUUGAUGUCAGUGUGUAUAUUUUAUUAUUUCCUGUCACUACGAAACAGAAAAGCUUUUUUUUUGUUUGUUUUUUUUUCAAAGAUGUUUAGAAUUCAGACAGCGAAAACACUGUUAUAUGAGAAUUAAUAUAUAUUAGUAUAUAUAUAUAUACUAAUUUGUAUGUAGUGUGGAAUUUGGACACAGCAGGUGACAGUCUGCUUGUCAGAGCAGGAUGUGACAGUGCUAUCUGCUAUUGGCUGAUCUUCAGUGCGCCAGGUGUUGUCACCUGUUGAUCCUGCAGUUGUCAGGAGACGAGGCUAAAGGCAAAUACUCACCCCACAUACAGUAACAUGUGGUUGUAUUUUUUCUAAAAAGUUUUACUUUGGGUCGAUGAGAAGUUUUAGCUUGGUGCGUUCAUGGUUCUAAUAUUUGAUAUUAAAUGAUGAGACCUGUUCCGUUUAUGGUUUACAGGGA